AUGCCAUUCAAAAGGGAAUUCAGAGCUCUGGUGAUUGAGAUGGUGUUGGCCACCGAUAUGUCCUGUCACUUCCAGCAAAUCAAAGCCAUGAAGAACGCUUUGCAGCAGCCAGAAGGAAUUGACAAGCCGAAAGCCUUAUCACUGUUGUUGCAUACAGCAGAUAUCAGUCAUCCAGCCAAGGCCUGGGAUCUCCAUCAUCGCUGGACCAUGUCUCUGCUAGAGGAAUUCUUCAGACAGGGUGACAAAGAAGCAGAACUAGGGCUUCCCUUCUCUCCACUGUGUGAUCGCAAGUCUACUAUGGUUGCUCAGUCUCAAAUAGGUUUCAUUGAUUUCAUCGUGGAACCCACUUUUACUGUGCUGACCGACAUGACCGAGAAGAUUGUGACUCCGCUCAUCGAUGAAGCUUCCCGCUCUGGCAUGUCUGGGUUCAGGCGUUCCAGUCUGAAUAGCAUUAGUCCCUCCGAAGUUAAAAGAUCAAGUGUCAAGAGCACUGGAUCCGAAGGAAGUGCCUCACUCAACUGCUCCAUACUCACUGUGGACUUCAAAUGUUUUAAAGCCACCUGGACUGAGGUGGUGCAGCAGAACCGAGAGAAAUGGAAAGCGCAAGCUGCCAAAGAAGAAAAAGCUAAGAAAGAAGCAGAGGAAAAUGCUCAUCAGGGAACAGAUGAAAAGAAAACGGAUGAAAAGGAUGAGAAGCCACCUGAAGAUGCCACAGCAGCAAAGACAGAAGACAGCAAAGAACCAAAUUCUGAGAAAAACAAAAGUGCAGAUUCCAAUAAGAAUCAUAUAAAUGGGACUCGGCAAACUGGGGGGAACAAAAAUGAAACCUCUCAAGGGAAAAAUGCACCUAGGACAGAUAAAGAAACAGACUCUCAUCAUGCAGUGGUAGAAGAGAAACAGCAUGUCCAGAAUGGUGAAUUAAAGGAAGACAAGUUGGACAAAAAAGAUCAGUCUGGCAUGGGGGAUGAAUCAAAGAAAACAGAUG